AAAACACUAAAGAGGAAGUAGUUCAGCUAACUUGCUUUUAUUUUGGCAACGCGAACCGGAAGUGUUUACGUCCAGAUUGAUUUAGAGCAUUUGUCGUUAGCUUGGGGUUUAACAAUGCAGCAACGAGAAGAGAAGCAGUUGGAGGCGUCGGUGGAGUCUCUCAUCUCUCGGGUAGCACACGUCAAAAGCGCUCUUCACAAUUUCAUUUAUAAGUUGGAAAAUGAAUACGAGCGAUUGACAUGCCACAGUUUCCAAAGGACCAUUAGUCCCAUUCUGAGGGCCAGUUUCAGCUUCCAUCAGCUGAUGACACAUCUGAAGUCCAUCUCUGGUCAAAUUCUCAAGCCCUCUGUUUUGGACAACUUUGCUCUUCUAUCUGGCCAGCUGAACACCAUCAAUAAACUGCUCAAGAACGAGAAGACGCCAUCCUUUCGCAACCAGGUUAUAAUACCACUGCUUCUGUCCCCGGACCGAGAUGAGGAUUUAGCGAAACUCACAGAGCAGCGCGUCCCGGUGUUCAGCCACGAGAUUGUACCGGACUACUUGCGGACCAAGCCUGAUCCGGAGGUGGAGGAGCAGGAGAAACAGCUGAGUGCAGACGCGGCACGAAUUGGCCCAGAGGCGGCGCAGAAACAGAUCCAGACGUUGAAUAAGCUGUGUUCCAAUCUGCUAGAGAAGCUUAACAAUCCUCGUGAUGACAGAGAUGCAGAAAGUGCAGCAAUACGACAGAACAAACCUUCUUUCAACCCUGCUGACAC